AUGGCCAUUGCAUCUUCGGAGAAUUGUUCUGCUGAUUUGAUCGGUGCGGCAAUUGCUGGAAGUUUUGGCUUCAUUGUCACUGUCUACAAUAUGAAAACUUACAAGAGGAGGAAGCGUCAAGGAAAAAAGAAGGUUCUUGAGUCACAUCAAGAUGCUCAUAACCAGAAUCUGGUUGGUGUAAGGGUUAAAAUUUGGUGGCCACAAGAUGCUGAGUAUUAUGAAGGUGUUAUUGAUUCUUUUGACUCGGUUACAAAGAACCAUACGGUGUUAUAUAAUGAUGGAGACAUGGAGACUUUGACUCUUGGGGAUGAGAAAUGGGAGAUUGUCAAAGAUGAUGAUUCAGAAGAAGAACAUGUUGUAAAGAAGAAGGCAUGUUGUUGAUCUUAAAUUUUCUUUUCCUUUUUUUGCCAUUUAUUGUUCUCUUAUUGAUUAUGUUUACUUGAACAGGAGGGUGCAAAUGAAAGCCUAG